AUUAGUUUAUUGGCGGCAAAACCCCUUUCAUGUGGAGUUAAACCCUUCACUUUGUGCUAUCGCCACCACGGAGCUAAAACCCUUGUCUAUUUUUGCUUUUGAUCGGCAAAUUUUCCGGCCGUCUUGGUUUGCGGCGCAAUCACGAUGAAACGACGUCGCGAAGGAACUGAUUCCGAUGGAGCUACGGAAACGGAAGAUAUGACGUCGUACAAGACGGUUUUCAUAGAUACCAAUCUGGAUACCCACUUGGCUGUAAUUAUCUCCCACUCCGACACUGUCUCCGAUAUCAAAAAAAAGAUCGUGUUAGAACACUUAAGGUGCUUUCCUGAAAUAAGGGAGUUGAAGAUUUCUUCUGUGAAGGUGAAACGGAAAGGACAUUACUAUCAUUUGCCUGACACUAUGCUUGUUAGAAGUGUUUUUGAGGGUAUCAAAAAGGGAUGGUUCCUUUCUAUUGAUGCUUCUAGAAUUCAAUGCCCUCGAAAUGACCAAGGAUUACUUUGCAUUGAAGCUGAAAAUAUUCUCCCCUGUGAUUCAUUCAAUGAAAUGGAUAAACACAAGGUUUUUGUGACUACUGAAUCUCACCCAGCUCAUGAGAGCUUGGCAUCUAGCUCCAUCGUGAAACAGAAGGAAGUUGCCAAGGUCAUUGGUGAAUUCAAGAGUGUGAAGCCCCCAGAUAAUUCACAGGAACUUUCUCCCAGAUCUGGUCCUGUGGCUAAGAAGCGUAAAUUGAAGCACAAAGAAGAUGUACUCAACCUUCCGGUAACAGGUACCAGCACUUCAAAUCGUGGCAUGGACAAUGAUUCUGAAUGUAAAAUUGUUGGGAAUGAUACUACUUCGACAAAUUCAAAUGAAGGAGAACGGGAAAAUAUAAACAUGAAACUGGUAGAUGUCAGUGCUGAACCUUUAAUAAACCAAUGUUCUGAUCCCAGUAAGGUGUCAAAACUGGGAAUGAAGAAAAGCAGGAUGGGUAGGGCAAGUGCUGAAGUCUCUGGUGAGAAGGAUGAGCUACGUGGAAAUACGAACAAUGAUACACUUGGCGAAACAUCACAUUCUGAGACUGUUGCAAAUAAAGUUAAGAUUUUGGGUAUCAAGGAAAGCAGUCGAGGUUCCACCGAGUUCAAUCAUAGGGAUAUCUUGAAGAUCGCUAUUCCAGAGAACUCCACAGCAGGUAAACCAAUAAAGGAAGCUUUAGCAGAAGAAACGUUGGGGGACCAAUCUGUGAGAACAGAUACAUCCCAUAAGAAGAGGAAGAAGAGCAAAAAAAGGAAGGGGGAGGACUCAUUGACAUGCCAUGAUGAGGUUGCCAGCAUGGUUCUGGGUUCCACUGAUAAAUUUGAGGGAACUAGGGGAUUAGAGCAAAAGGAAGGAGUUGAAAUGAAGAUCUUUGACAAGUUGACUGAUGUUGACUCUACUAUUCAUGUUACUCAAUCCAAACUGAAAGAAACAUCUCCUGUUAAAGAUCAAACGUCAAACAAAGAGUGUCCAGCACCAAUCUGCAAGGAUAUUUGUGAAAUGAAUUUAGUUGGCCGACCUAUUCUUGAAUCUAUUGUCUCUGGAGACGAUGAACUUGGAACUGAUGUUGCUAAUAUAACUGGAGAACAGAAGCUGAUACCGAACAGUGAUUUUGAAAUGCCCAUGAGUGAGAAUUUGGGCGAUCCAAGUACCAGGGGUCCAGUGCCUUCCUACCACUUGGGAAAUUUACAAGGAGCAGCAGAAAAUAGCUUUGGGAGGAAGAGAAGCAGGGCCAAGAAGUCAACUUCUCAUCAAAAGUCAGAUAUGAAAAAUAUUGUUGGGGCUUAUCAAAAUGCUUAUGCAUCUGACCAAGAUAUAGUCCGUAAUGAUUGUUCAAGUGAUGCAACUACAAAGGUUGGUCGUAUGCCAAAAACUGAUGUGGAUCCUAUAAAUGAAAUUGGGAAAGAAGGCAAGUUGUCUGUUACUCAAGCUGCUGAGACAUCCCUUCCUUCAGAUAACAAUAAAGCAACCGGGGCAACUAAAGAACAAGUUCUCUCAGCAAAAAGGGCAUUGGAUGACAAGGAGAACAUUGAAUCUGGAAAUGCUAGCAGCAUGAAGCGGAAGAAAAAGAGUCGGAAGAAAUCUGCUGAAAAGAUUCGUGAUAAAUUAGACGGAGAGGAUGACAUUAUGGUGAACUGCCCUUCUUUACCUGCAGGGAUUGGAUCUACAACUGAUCCUGUAACUGAGCAGAGUAAGAAAGGUGAAAUUUUGUUUGAUGCUGAAGUGCUGCAUAUUUGUCUAAAUACAGAGGAGAAAGGGUCGCCUCAUAACGAGGAUCUGGUGCAAGCUCAAUCUGCAACAUGCAGAUCUUCGGAUUAUGCCAAAGCAGAAAUGACCAUUAAGGAAGUGGAAACUAUCUCGAUGGCUCCCUUCGAUGUGAAGGUUGCUGAAGGACAUGGAAACUCUGGUCGAAGUAAGAAGAAAAAAACAAAAAUGGAGGUUUCCACUUAUAUUAAUGAUGUUUCAUGUGCCCCUUCAUCAACGCAAGAUCCUUCUGCUAAUCCUUUCGUUGAAGGGUCUAAUCAAGAUAAAAAUGCAUUGUCUGCCAGCAAAAGAGAGGGAGCAUCAGAACAAGUGUCAAAGAGUGCUUAUACUGCAGGUUCUCAUCACCAAGUUGAGAAGGCAACCUGCAUUGAGGCAGAGCUUCCGUCGGUUGAGGAGAAGGGAAAUGAGGUUGAACAUUUGCUACUUAACCAGACGGAUAAAAAUCUGGAGAUUUUGAGCAUUGCAGAAAAGAGACUGAAAAUGAAAACCAAAAAGAGCCAAAGUUCUAAGAAGAGCAAAUCCAUUUUGCCUUUUCAAGACCAGGAAGGCAGUCACAAAGACUUAGCAGCUUCAAAUGAUAAUCUGGAAGAUGAGAACCCUCUGCCAGAGCCAAUGGAGAUGGACGAGUCAGGUAAAAGUAUUCAUGUUGAUCAGUAUGGUGGUACCAAGUUGGAAAAUCAGAGAAAUUCUGGUAUUCAUUCCAACUUUGAGAGUUCUAGGGAAGAUGUCGGAAAUGCUGACUCGUUUCCAGUGCCAUCUCAUACUUUAACUAAGGGUGUGUUAGAGGAGAUGCACGUACCUGACGUAAAUACUGAUAAGAGCGAUGGCAUUAACUUCAAGCAAUAUUUUGUUCCUGGUCAACAAGGAGAAGUUGCAUCAAAGAAACCAAUGAAAUCAAACAGAGACACAAAAGCUAGCAGAAAAUCGAAGGACGGUAUGACUUCUAGAGGAUUUUUGGAAGAUAUCUUGAAAUCAAGAAUUGAGGUGGCACUUCCGAAUCGCUCAAGCGCUCAGGGAGAUAAAACACUUGAAGAAGCUGGAAAGCUUGCAACUUAUGAUGCUCCUGCUUACAAGAAGAAAAGUGAAGAAUCUACUGACAAAUCUACGUCCAGCUCCAGCUCCAGCUCAAAAGGUUCUGACAAGUUCCCUGAGGACAAUAGACGGCAAACAGGUUCAGAAAUCCAAAGUUUGUCUACCAGAAAUACAAAAGUGAGAACUGCAAACAUUGAGGAUUGUACACAACCAAAGAAAGGAUUGCUUCCUAAAUCAGGGCCUAAAUUUGGGGAUAGUAGAUCGAGAAGGUAUGACAGUAAAGAGGGUGGAAAUUCUGAUUCUACAACUGAGACUUCAUCGAAUUCAUCUUCUUCCGGCAACUCAGUUGAAGAAAGUGAAAUAAGUCAGGCUUCAACUCCAGAAGGAGCUAAUGUUGCAAAAAGGAAUGAUGAUGCUGGAAAGCGUAAGCUCAACUCAAACUUUUUAGGUGAGGCCAUAAGCAUGGAGAUGAUUCUGAGAAGCUCUAGCCGUUUCAAGAAGGCGAAGGCUACGGCAGCUCAAUGUGAAGAUGAAGAAAGUCUGCCUGUUGAUGUUAUCCCUGAUAGUCUAGCACACACUCAGAGUCAGUAACUCUCCUCUCUUUGGUUGCUCUAAUGAAAUGGUAUCCAAUAUUUUGGUACACAAUCACCUCUCCACCGUCUGUCACCUGGGGCUCUUCAAAGCAACAAGAAAAUGAAAAAGGACAAGGAGAAAAAUGCUUCUUGCCCGUAUGUAUUUAUGUAUUAUGAGAAAAAUCUUAUGCACAUGCCCUGAUUUUUGGCUCUCCGAUAUUGAAAUUUUGUUUGGUCUUUGAUAUGUUGUAAUUGUAAUUCAUUCAAUUUUUUUGAAACCCCAAGAGAUUGCUUGCAGUUAGGGGUGUUUGUUGGUCAGUAUGGUGUGAUUUUUUAACAUUUUGAUUCACUAUUUUUGGUAUUAAGGAUCAUUUGGACAUGUGAGAUGAAAUCAUUAUAUGAAAUUUUAUGAAAUGAAGUUACUGUUUCAUUUGGA